GGGCACUUAUGGGCGCACUGGACAUCAAUAGGUUAAUCAAUUGUAGUCAUUAUCUUUUUAACUCAGUAUUGUAAAGUGCCAUAGAGCAGUCGGAUAUGGCGCUAUAUAAGUCCAUUACUUCUUUAUUAUUUAUUAGCUGAAUUUAUAUUACAAGUCAACCAUACGAGAAUCAAAACAAUUAAAAAUGGGAAUUAAAAUUAGUGCACCUGGAAAUAAUGUUUUUUUUUUCUUUUUGCAAAAAUCAAAUACUCAAAACCAUGUCUGAUUAUAGUUUAAUUUGUACUCUGUCUACGUGUUCAUCAAACUCAGUUGAUUGGAACUGGUUUGCGAAAUGCUCUGUUUUCUAUUUAUUGAUCUUGACAGAAACUUGGAGUUGCAAGUAUUGGAGCGGCCAGUAUUUUAAAGAGAGAAGCCGUGGAGAACAAAGAUGAACCCCGCUGGAUUUACAUAGAUGAUGAACAAUUGGCUAAGUUGGAAUCAUUUUUGUUAAAACACUCAGUACUCAGUCAGCAACUUUAUGGACCUAUAAAUCAGCCACAGAUAUUGCAGUACCAGCCAGCUCAGGAAGCCCAACAAUCACCUGUACACAUCAAUAAAAUGGCUUUCCCUGAGGGCAGUUAUUCCCAGUCUAUAUCAACUAACACGGAAGAGUUUUGGAAAGACUCUGAAAUAGUGAAGGAACAUGAUUUUUCAGAUGGGGAAACAUUUCCCGCUCAAAACGCUUCUGAAUCAUUCAUCAAAAAGGAGACAAAACACAGUGCUGUCAGCUGUACACCUAUAUCCCCUGUUAUAAAAGAUGUUUUUAGUGGUUCUCCAUGGAAACCUUUAUCAGUAGAACAACACAAAGAACUCAGUCAGCAGUUGCUUCAGGAAUUUUCAAACAAGCGAAAUAUGCUGGAGUCAAGAAAUUUAUGUUUAAAUGAUGAGACAAAGACAUUGCCUGUUGCAAGUCACAGGGAGAGGAUCCUUGAAUUGAUUGAGAGAAACCAGGUGGUUGUUAUCUCAGGGGAGACAGGGUGUGGUAAAACUACUCAGAUUCCUCAGUUUAUACUGGAUGAUGCCAUACAAAAAGGCAAUGGUUCAGCCUGCAACAUCAUGGUUACACAGCCACGUCGUAUAGUAGCCAUGUCAAUUGCGGAGAGAGUGGCUUCAGAAAGGAGAGAGAUGCUUGGAAAGAGUGUGGGAUACCAGGUUAGAUUAGAGGGCAGACUGCCAUCACAAAAGGGCUGUAUAUUGUUUUGCACCACAGGAAUACUGCUCAGAAGGAUGCAGAGUAAUGUGCUUCUAAAAGGUGUCAGUCAUGUCAUAGUUGAUGAGGUCCAUGAACGAGAUAUCAACACAGAUUUUCUCCUAAUCCUCCUGAAAGAUUUGCUUGGAAAAAACCAGGACGUGAAGAUCAUUGUGAUGAGUGCGACUGUGAAUUCAGAAAGAUUCUCACAGUAUUUUCGAGGAUGUCCCAGUCUGGUCAUUCCAGGAUUCACUCAUGAUGUGACAGAAUACUUUUUGUCAGAGGUCUGUGAAUUAUUGGGCAGAACGCCAUUAUCCAAACCUGAAACUGUCAAGAGCAAACGGUUCAAGCCAGAUUGCAGUUCUUCACAGACCAGCAGGGAUGCAGACAGCCCCGAGGCAGAUGCCCAGCUUGUUACUGAGACAAUUCUUUUUGCCUCUAAGAACUACCCAGAG